AUGUCAUCAGCCUCUAAACAAAAACGUAUGGCAAAAAAAGCAGCCAAAAAUGCAACAACAUCUGUAAACAAUGCAUCAGCUUCUGAAAAUAAGAGCAAUAGUACAUCUUCGAUUAAAAAUCAAACUGAUCAAGAUACACCAGAUUCGAUUGCGGCAGCAGUAAACGGUUUGUCUUUGGAAUCAAUGAAGAAUGCAACUGAAAGAACUGCAACUGGUGUUUUGACCUCACAACCGAUGUCAAGAGAUGUAAAAAUCGAACAAUAUACAUUGUCAUUUUAUGGACGUGUAUUAAUUGAAAAUGCCACGAUCGAACUAAAUUUUGGUAGAAGAUAUGGUCUUAUUGGAUCAAAUGGAAGUGGAAAGAGUACAUUUCUAGAGUCUUUAGCUGCAAGAGAAGUGGAAAUUCCUGACCACUUGGAUAUAUAUUUAUUAAAUCAAGAGGCUGAACCAUGUGAUUUAAAUGCUACAGAUUAUGUAGUACUAGCAGCAAAGAACGAAGUCGCUAGAGAAGUAGAAGAUAUGUUGGCAACAGAGAAUGGGGCAGACGAUCCACGAUUAGAGGAUUUGUAUGACCGUAUUUCAGCUUUAGAUGAAACAACAUUUGUUGCUAGGGCAAAUAGUUUAUUAUAUGGUUUAGGUUUUUCUCAAGUUAUGAUGAAAAAACAAACAAAAGAUAUGUCUGGUGGAUGGAGAAUGAGAGUAGCAUUAGCCAAAGCAUUAUUUAUUAAACCUACAAUAUUGCUAUUAGAUGAACCAACGAAUCAUCUUGAUCUGGAGGCUUGUGUGUGGCUUGAAGAAUAUUUGAAGGUCAGUCAUUCACAAGAUUUUCUUGAUGGAGUUUGUAAUGAAACAAUACACUUAACAGAUAAGAAGAAAUUAAAUUAUUACGGAGGUGGUUAUUCAACUUUUAUCAAAACUAAAGCCGAAUUAGAAACAAAUCAAAUGAAGGCAUAUAAUAAACAACAAGAUGAAAUUGCUCACAUUAAAAAAUUUAUCGCCUCAGCUGGUACAUAUGCUAAUCUGGUCAGACAAGCUAAAAGUAAGCAAAAAAUCAUAGAUAAAAUGGAAGCUGCAGGAUUGAUUGAAAAGGUGAAUCCCCCUAUAACUUUUAAAUUUAAAUUUGGUAAUCCUGCUAAACUUCCUCCGCCCGUUUUGCAAUUUGACCAAGUUUGUUUCUCUUACUCUGGGAAAACUUCAAGUAAAGAUCUUUUGUAUGAGGAUCUUGAUCUUGCUGUUGAUAUGGAUUCUCGUGUAGCAUUGGUUGGACCAAAUGGAGCAGGUAAAAGUACAUUGCUCAAAUUAAUGAUGAAUGAACUUCAACCAGUAAACGGAAGAAUUUCACGUCAUACAAAUUUGAAAUUAGCAAAAUAUAGUCAACAUAGUGCCGAUCAACUUGAAAUGGACAUUAGUCCAAUAGAAUAUAUGAGAAAAAAAUUCUCUCAGAUGGAAGGUGAUAUAGAUUUUUGGAGAAAUCAAAUUGGAAAAUUUGGGCUUACAGGUUCUCACCAAACAUCAAACAUUAAAACAUUAAGUGACGGAUUAAAAUCUCGUCUUGUUUUUGCAGAAUUAGUAUUGUCCAAUCCAGAUAUAGUACUUAUGGACGAACCGACGAAUCAUUUGGAUAUGGAAAGCAUUGAUUCACUUGCAAAAGCAAUUAAAGACUUUAGUGGAGGCGUAGUUUUAGUGUCUCACGAUUUUCGAUUAAUUUCACAAGUUGCACAAGAGAUUUGGUUAUGUAAAGAUCGUACGGUGACGCCAUGGAAAGGAUCUAUUGAAGAUUAUAAGAAGUAUCUUGCCAAAAGUGUUCUUAAACUUUAA